AUGUCUGCGAGUUUCGAAAUCACUGUCUUGGGAGCUUCUGGGGGCCCGUGGGAUGGAACAACACAAUGCUUUAUGAUACAUCCUACUUCAUCAGCAAUAGAUAUAUCCUCCGUCUGCGUGGAUGGAGGAGUGGGCGUUUCAAGUAUAUUGCAGAUCCUCAGUAAGUCCAAUCACCCUGAAAGACAGAAUGAAAUUGAAAGUUACUACGAAUCAGAGUUUGAACCGAUAUCAAAAUAUGUUGAUGAUAGAAUGCCGUUUAGAGUUGGAUUCUCAAAGAAGAUCAUGGACCAGCUUGAAUUGGGCCGUAAUUCUAAAAGUCAAAUCUACAGUCUUUCCACAAUGGCCACAAGGGUCUUUCAAGGAAUUGAAGAAUAUUAUUUUACGCACCCUCAUAUGGAUCAUAUUAACGGAUUUAUCAUAAAUUCUCCAAUGAUAUACGACCCCGAAUAUAAUGCUAGUAAAAACUUAUAUGGGCUCUCAUUUACCAUGGAAGCCCUAAAGAAACACAUUUUUAACGACAUUGCAUGGCCCAAUUUACUAAAUGAUGGUACAGAUAUGAUAAAAGCUAACAAUUUGAAGAAUGGAGUUCGCCAUAUUUCAAAAUUAUUUCCACAAUGGAAAAUUAUUCCUUUUAAAGUGUCUCAUGGUAUCGGAGCUACCAAAGCAAAAGAGAAAAUAUAUAGUACGGUUUACGUUAUUGUUGACAAUAUAACAAAUGAUUGUAUUGUCGUAGGAGGAGACGUUGAAAGAGAUCCAGCUGAUGGAAGUAAAAUUUAUCUAGACAAAGUUUGGCAGUAUUUGGCAUAUAAGAUACCACUCGGCCAUUUAAAAGGGAUCUUUAUUGAAUGUUCAAGUCCUAAUUCUCUAAAAGACGAACAGCUUUAUGGUCAUAUGUCGCCGAAACAUUUGGUAGAGGAAUUAGAUAGGUUACUUGAGUUAUAUUCUACCAUCCCGGACCGUACACGAGAUUUAUCCAAACAGCCACUAAAGAUACUGAUUACCCAUGUGAAAAUGAUUACUUCUCUGAGAGAUCCGAGAUUGAUAAUUUUAGAUGAAUUACGAGAUAUGAGUAAAGAAACAAAACUGGAAGAUAAGGUUAUUUUUUCUAUGGCUGUUCCAGGCUAUACCUUCAGUCUAUGA